CUAGCCCGCCAAGGGCACGAUCCCCUUUUCCCGGCUCCGUAACGGUCAAUCAGCUCUGUCUCCUUCUCCGGACUGACUCUGCCAGCUGUGCUUGGCCUGAGGUUAACUAGGCCCAGCACCUUGGGCCUGCCCAGCUUGAGUAUUUCACAGGUGCUUGACCCGAAGUUGUUUAAAUGGUUCAUUUGGGCCGUCCUCUGGAUAUCGGCCCAUCAUAAGGCCCCCCAACUCCUCAGUCCUCAGAUGGGCCAAGCGGAGUAGUGGGGAGUUUGCAAAGUCCACGUGGACGCUUCAGCGGGGAUCCGGGCCGUUCCUUGGGUUCCGCACGACAUUUGGGCACGAUCUCCACAAAUAAGUAAUCAUGGCCUGCCGAUUCGCCUUCCUGUUGUCAGUUAAAAACCGCCGCUGGACGCCAUCUCUUCCUUUCGCCUUCUUCACCACCGUUCGUCUGCAACUCCGCUGCUCACCCGACUCAUUCUUCUUCCUGUCCAGGUCAGUUCCUUCUCUCGCCGCCAUGAUUAUCCCAGAUUCCGAUUCGGCUACCCCAUCAUCCAAUUCUCGCCAAGCCGGUCAAUCGGCCUCUGACCGUAACCCCGGCCACACUCCAUCACCCCGGCCGUCGCAGUCGGCCGUGCCUGGCCACAAACGGCGUCGAUUGAGGAAGCAAUACCCUUCUUCAACUCCGGUAGAUGAGGGCUCAAGGGUUAAAUUGGACGAAAACAUCAUGGCGUUGUGCCAUUGUCAAAUUACUGACCGGGGGUUCGCCGAUGCCACUGACAUGGUUGGACCCUCCAUCGAGGUCAUGAGACCUACCCGUACUCAAACUGCUCUAGACGCACCGUCGGGGUUCUUCACGGUCCAUCUGGCGUCUUUGAAGAAGGGGUUGCGCUUCCCACUCCACCCGUUGUUGAUCGAAUUCCUCAACGUGGUGGACCUUCUCCCGUGCCAACUGGUCCCCAACUCUCACCGGUACAUCGCCGGUUACCUGGUCCGGUGCAAAGAUGUAGGGGUGAAGCCGACCUUGGACCAUUUCAUAUUCACCUUCAAACUGACCAAGGGCCAUAAAGAUUGGGCGUCCUAUGCCAGUCUUUCCCAGAGNACGGUCCAUCUGGCGUCUUUGAAGAAGGGGCUGCGCUUCCCACUCCACCCGUUGUUGAUCGAAUUCCUCAACGUGGUGGACCUUCUCCCGUGCCAACUGGUCCCCAACUCUCACCGGUACAUCGCCGGUUACCUGGUCCGGUGCAAAGAUGUAGGGGUGAAGCCGACCUUGGACCAUUUCAUAUUCACCUUCAAACUGACCAAGGGCCAUAAAGAUUGGGCGUCCUAUGCUAGUCUUUCCCAGAGGUCCAGUAAACUCUUUGCUAGUGAUAAGAAGGGGUCAACCAAAAACUGGAAGCCUUUCUUUGUCUUCGUUUCGACGGGGCCCGAAUCUCCUUUCACGGGUUCAGGGCGCCCUUCCUUCAGUCACAUCCCACGCCCCCCACCUGAUGCCACCCUUUUGUCUAUCACUCGCCAAUUCUGCAAUAAGGGAGUUAUGAACAUCAAAGAGGUGGUGACAGAGGAAACCCUUGCCGAGUUGGGGUUCGAGUUUGUCCAGGAUGAGCUUCGCCACCAACCCGACCUAUUGAGGGACAUCCCCGGGGGGCAUCAGCCUGACCAGCUGAAGGACAUUCCUGAGGAAGGUCUUGACUGUGGUCCUUUUGGUAGAUCUUUCCGACGGGCCGUCUCCUUCUUCGCUGGAGCCUGCCUCCUCCCCCAAGUCAGUCAAUUCCAACGACUGGGGGGGCUUGACCCUUACGAAUUCUGUCGCCGAUUGCCUCGCCGGCAGUGGCCGUCGGUGAAACCGCCGCCACCACCUCCAAACCCUUAUAAAGACUUUAGUGAGGCGUACGAGGCCCUCUCCGCCAACCGCCUGCCUGACGGGCGGAUUGACUGGGAUGCUCCAUGCCCCUCCAUUCCCUGCAAUGUAUGGCCUGGGAGAGCUUUCAAGAUGAGCACUUACCCCUCCUGGAGCAUGAGUGCGCAUACUACGCAAGUCUUGAGCAAUGGACUAGCGAGAGUCGCACCGGUUCGCCGGUGAGGCCUACGGAGGAGGUUCUCCCCUACCUCGCCCCGCUUGCCAUUCACUUCCCCAGAAGACCCCUAGGCGACUUGAAGUAGCCCGGGCGGCUCCAGGAUCUCCGUCCUCGCCUAGGUGAUGCUGGUUGGGGUUCACAGAGAAGUGAGCCGUCCCCCGUCCUUCCUUGGAAGGAGAACGGCGGGGGGUUUUUGCCGAGGCUGGGGGCGACCACUCCCGUUCCAUGUUGGGGAAGAAAGGUGGUCGUCCUGG